AGAAAUACCCAACUAACCGACCAACUCACAACCGAAUCCUUAUGAGGUACAACUUUGUCAGCGCAGCGCACAACCUUCAACCAAAACGACCGUUUGACGCGCGACCUCGUGUCUCUUCUCUCCGCACUCUCUCUCUCUCUCUUCACGCCAGCUUUUGACAUCAAAACCAGAAAAAUUGUUGAAAAAUAAAAUAAAUCCGAGAAUUCCUAUUUAUCGAUCCAUCAGAAAAUAUUAUUUUUUCUGAUCUAUUUAUUGAGUGCAAUACGGUGGCGGCGAUGGUGAGCCGCGAGGCGAUACGUCGGCGUUUCGGAACGAGGGUUCCAUUUUUGUUAUUGCUCUCAUGCAUGAUUCUUCUCAGCUACUCCCAAGUAUUAGUAUCGGCUGCAGUUGUUACGCUCGAUUCUAUCGAGAUAUUCAAAACGCACGAGUGGCUUCCGUCGAAACCGACAGUUUUCUUCAGUUGUAAAGGAGAGAAUGACACAGUUUUACCGGAUGUUAAAGAAAAGCAUGUUUUGUAUACCUUCAAAGGCGAAGAAUCUUGGCAGCCUCUAACAGAACUUCAAAAUAUAAAAUGCAAGCGUUGUGGAUUCUACGAGAAGGACGCGAUCAAAUCUGACGACGUAUUCGAUGAAUGGGAGUUCUGUGCAUCUGAUUUCAAUAGUUCUGAUGGCAAAUACGUCCAUUUCAAAGAGAAAGAAUUCAACGCCACGUUUCUAUGUCCGGAAUGCGUCCCUCUUGCAAAUGCUUCAGAAGCGUCAUCGAAAGGGAAAGACAACACGAAUAUGAUUCAUUGGGCUAUAAUUGUAGUUAUUGUUGUAGCAGUAUCGGUCGUUUUUGUUGCUGGUUUGGUAAGUGGUUGCAAAUACUGGCAGAAACGAAAGAGACAACAACAGCAGGCGCGGUUCCUUAAACUGUUCGAAGAUGCCGACGAUAUUGAAGACGAGUUGGGUAUUGGACCUCUUAGCCAUGUAGUUUAAGUAUUUUUUAUUCUUUCUUUUUUUAUUUAUUUGUAUAUUAAAGUUUUGUGAACUACAAAGGGAACAAUUUCUCGAUUCCCCACAGAUAUUUUUUGACACAGAUAAAACAUAGGAUAUUGAAAGGCUGUGUAAAUGCUGCGAUUUUGGACAGUGUUUACGUAGAAAUGAUAUUAUGAAAUUAUUUGAUGUUA